AUGGCGUUCAAUAAGAAAUAUGCUGGUCUCCCCGACCUGGACCUAGCUCCUGAUAUCUAUGAAACCCCAGAACUAACGGAUGCUUCGACAUUGCCGACUACCACAGUACGCUCGUCAUCGCCAUUCGACCCAGAGUCAUCCACCAAUCCGGAAAUCGAUGGCCGUCGAUUACGGGUCGACGAAGCUCGUUCUCACUUCGAGCCCGCCCGAGUCGAUGCCAGAGACGUGGAUUUUUCAGAUAGCAUCGCAUCCAAGAAAAAGUCAUACCGAACAAUAAGAGCAACAAGGCACCACAAUCGGGACGGAACUGAGGUUCUUGGGGAUAUUAGUGAUGAAGAGGACGAAACCCUUGAAAGGAAACUUGCUCGACUACGACGGGAGGCAGAGGAGUUGAAGGAAGAACUUGCUACCAGGAGAGCCCAAAGAGACGCUACCGAAGAUGAAGAACAGGGGGACACAGAUGACGGUUGCGAUGAAGGGAUUAUGGAGCUCAGCCGAACUUUGGAUACUCUAUACACUUCUUCAAAAGAGGCUGGUCCCUCGGCUGAGGCAGCAUUAUCGCAUAAACUCUCUUCUGAUAUACACGAUAUCAAUCGUGCUAAGGAACGGGGCGCUGUAGGCACGGAUGGGACUCGUGCAGAUCAACACGCUGGGGGCCCAACUUCUUCGAUUCUAUCACAAGCGGCAUCUUUCGAUGCGCGGCUUACACUGCUAGAAGCAUCAUUGGGAUUGAAAAACACACCUGUCCCAAUCUCACCGGAUGAUCCAUCGGAUACAGAUAUUCAACCCAUUCUCCCGUCCCUGAACCACCUUUCUUCCCAACUCUCAACCCUUAAUAGCACCCUUACUGCCAAUAAUACCCAAUUGUCCCUUUCUAAUGCGCAACCCACCCCUCUUCCCGUAACGACAACUCCCCAUAUCGAAGCGUUAAGUAGCAAAAUCCGCAAACUUACCGCUGACGCUGAAGCACUUACCACUGCUCGACACCGAGCAACUGAAGCGGCCCGUGCAGCCUUUUCUGCUCGAAUUGCUGCCGCAACGUCUGAUGAACCGCAACCUUUAGCAGACCCUACACUUUCAUCCCCAGCGGCUAUAGAGUCAGAUGCAGCUGCAAAUGAGCAAACUGCAAAAAUACAUGCGCUAUACACGACAUUGCCAACCAUCACUUCAUUGCAUCCGUUACUUCCCAGUAUAUUGGAGCGGUUGCGUUCUCUCCGUGCGAUACAUGCUGGAGCGGCAACGGCGAGUCAAGACCUUGAUGCUUUGGAACAGCGCCAGGCAGAUAUGAAGAAGGAAAUAGAUCAGUGGAGAGAAGGACUAAAGGCGAUGGAAGAGAAGGUCAAGGAGAGUGGAGAGACUAUGAAAGGGAAUAUGGAAGUCAUGGGUCCAUGGGUGAAAGACCUGGAGAAAAGGCUGGACGCCUUGAAUCGAUAG